AUGGCAGAUUUCGUGACGUCUACAGCAACAUCCAGCGCGACGGCAGCUUUGACAGACCGGCCCUCCAACUCCCACACCCCUGCCUCCGUCGCUUCCUCACCCAAGCUCCCAAGCGUUCCGCACGCUGUUGACUUCGCCACACCCCAAAGUGCUCGGAAACGCCGUCGCUCGUUCACAACCGCAUCUGCCACCGGCCCCGAAGCCAAGCUGUUAAGGGCGUCAAUCACAUCCAAGUCAGCGCUUUCCCCGGAGUAUACUCCAAAGGCGCUCACAGGAGCUGCAGCUCUAGCAGACGAGCAAAGGCAAAGAGACAGGAUUGAAGGUCGCCAAACAAGCCCCAAUCCUGCGCGAAAGGCACUUGGAUACUUCUCGGGACCGCAAAGGAGUGGCAUGAGCAGGUUACAGGAUGCGCCGAACCAGGCAUCUACCCUGAGCAAACCUCUCGCUGAGGUGGCUCCUUCCCCCAAAUCAACUCUGACUGGGGGCUCAGUGGCUUCCAGUGAGGCUACAGCUCAGACGAGCCCGCGAAAUACAGCAAGCUUCGCAACAUCUGGCAGUACGGCCGCCCCUACAAUCACUGCAAAUGGUACCUCAGUGGCAAGUCCAGGUCAAAUGGAUGAUGUCGCGGGCGAAGAUGAUGACGAUGAUGACGACGAUGACGAUGAUGGACCGGGUCGAAGUGAGAAUGGUCAAGGAAGGGACGAUACUGGUGGUACGGAUCCAGAAGAAGGCCGCUCCAAUAAGGCUUUCACUUAUCCUGGUCCAAUGUUGGCCGCUCAAGCACACCGAACGUCAAGCUUACCACAGUCUGGGCAUCACAAUCUGAAGAGCCACCUCCUUACUCAUAGCCAUGAAAAGCCCUACCAAUGCGACACUUGUGAAGCACGAUUUCGACGUUUACACGACUUGAAACGGCAUACCAAGCUUCACACUGGCGAGAGGCCUCACGUCUGCCCUAAGUGUGAUCGCAGCUUCGCUCGUGGCGACGCACUAGCAAGACACAACAAGGGCCAGGGUGGCUGUGCUGGGAGGAGGUCUAGCAUGGGUAGUUUCGGUGGCGACGAGAAGCACGAAGAGAGAAUGAGGGCUGGUGACGGAGACAGUAUGCCUGGGAUUAUGUACACUGCCGAGGCCUCACAUGAGCCUGAGCACAUGGACGAAGACAAUGAUAGUCCUGGCGGGAGGAGCCUUCCUAGCAUUCGAAAACACGAUGCUCCUCCUGAUGAGCACCACGGACAUGUAUCUGAACACCAGACCAUGUAUCAAUCACGACAGCCCAGUACCUAUCCUCCUGUAGCUGCCCGGCAGCCUACAGGUGGCCUUUAUCCGCCACCGAACGCAAGCCCUAGAGGCGGCUCCGGCCCACCAAGUACGCAGUCUUCGCUCGGCUUAUCCUCAUAUCCACCUCCUCCUAGUUCUGGUAUUUCGGCCGGAUUCCAGGCUUCUGGCGCCAAUGUUUUCGCCCAAGGCGGCAUGACCGAGAGCCCAAAACCACUUUCACCGGCUGGCGUAACAUCCCAGCAGCUGGGCCAUCCAGAUACCGGAAUCCAUCGCAACAGAUCCCCAAGCCUAACGCAGCAAUUCCAGCACACGCAAUUCGGUAGACGCACUACGGGUCACAACAUAUCGCCGCCAAUGAGUUUGCCACCUCCAAACCCCACCGCGGGCCAUCCCAAUGCUCCUCAACUGCCCUCGCUGCCUGGUCUGAACCCUCCGGAAACUAGGUAUACUCUACACAGCCAAACCACAGGGCCGACUCAACCGCACGCCAGCGUACCCAAUAGCCUCGCUGGACCUCCAUCACAUGGACCGAACUCACCGAGCUAUCCACCAGGUACUACGUCAUCAGCAAACAACAGCCUUUCUAGCCACAGUACUGGGCCCCAAACCAGCUUUGACAGGCCUCACAAUCCUUAUACCCAAUCGAAUGAACAGCUUUGGAUUUAUGCUCGAAGCCUAGAGGCCAAAAUCGACCGAUUGCAAGACGAAGUUGCUUCGUUGAAGAGUCGACCGAGUGGAGGUGCUCACGACCAUCACUAG